UUUAUUAGGAAAUCCAAUAUGUUGGACGUGUGACUCUAUUAAAACCCGGUGAAAGGGCCGCACGUUUUCAAGUUCCGGUUGAAACUAUUUUGGAAGUAUCAACAUGACAUGAGAACAGGAGAUUAAAAAGAUGCCAUCUCCACCUCGAAGCAGAAGUCGACUGAACCGUCACAUCAGAGAGACGCUCUCAUCAGGACUGCAGCAGGACUUUGUUCGGGACGAAAGGAAACAUAAUCGAGGAUAUGGAGGAAAUCACAGGAGAAGCUGACUAUGUGAAUGCACCAGAAGGCCCUGCGGAUAAAAAGGCACCGCGUCCAGACGACACCAAAAAAGGAUCUGCACCAGAAGGCACCGUGGAUACAAAGGCAUCCCAUCCAGGCUUGAGGUUUGUUCUUCCGAUAGCAGUGUGUUGGAUCAUACUGUUAGCCAUCAUGGGUCUUCGUAUCUACUUUACCUCUGAACUUUCUGAAGACAACGCCAAGCAGACUGCAGAAAUCAAGACGCUGACAUCACAGAAGGAUGGCUUGACAACGCAAAUAAAAGAAAUGGAGACAAACUGGACUGAGCUCAACGUCAGUCGAGCUCAGUGGAGCAUCAAUGAGUACUGCAAAGAGGGUGAAGGGAAACUGUGUCAACCUUGUGAGAAGAACUGGUUACCCUACGGGCCGAGCUGCUAUUCGGCCUAUAACCCUGACCCUACAGGGUGGUUAACCUGGGAAGAAGCUCGAGAAUACUGCAGAGCGCUUAAUGCAUAUGUGGCUGCCGCACAUAAUGAAAAGGAAAAGAACAUCAUCAAUCAUUACAGUAUAUCAACUGAUGGAAGCUGGAUUGGCCUGAGAGUUGAAAACGGGAAAUGGAAGUGGGCAGAUGGAAGUGAUCUGACUAAUAGCUCCUGGGUAGACCCACCUACUGAGGGUCACUGUGCACUCUCUGUCUGGCGCAACACAACAUGGUCAUCAGUGAGCUGUGAAGAGAAACGACGAUGGAUCUGCCAGAAGAAAGCUCUAUCUGUUUAAACACUGCAGUCAUACUUGUACUCUUACAAAUGUUUUUCUUUUACUUUUCAGAGAUGCAGUAACCUCAUUGAUCAUAUCAGUAUAUAGCGAUCAUUUGAUAUAAAAGGACCAAAACUUGCUCAAUUUGCUUUUUGGGAAAACAUUUAAAACGCUGCUUUAUGUGGGCCAAUAGGAG